AUGGUACUUGAAGCAGGGUAUCCAAACACGACAGGUUUUCGAAAAGUCGUCAAGGCUACAAUCCUGGUCAAAAAGAAACCAGGAAUGAGCGACGAGGACUUCAUGGAGCAUUACAAUCACAAACAUGCUCAAAUGGCCGCGCCGGUCUUGCAAAAGCACAACGUGAUCACAUACAGUCUUACUUAUUGCCUGAAGAGGGACCGCACCAUCAUCCAGGAUAUGUUGCAUGGGAAGUCGGCGGGGAUGUUGGACUACGAUGCGAUAUGUACGUUCGUGUUCAAAGACUACAAGGACUUUGCCAGGUUCAUGUAUGAUCCUGCUUCGAAGGCGCUUACGCCAGAUCAUGAGAAUUUUAUGGUUGAGGAAGAGAUGAAGAUGAUGGUCGGAGAUGAGUAUAUGGUGAUAGAAGAGGGAGUCAAGGUCGGCUGA